UUCUCAAAGGGUUUUCAGAAAAACCAAGUGCGAUCCACUCUUGUACAAGCAUAAAUGGAGAAAUUUGUUGCUCUUUUCUUUAUCCUUUUCCUUUAUUUCCUUAAUGCCUUUGCCUCUCCACAACCAGUUUACGACUCCUUUCUCCAGUGCUUUGCCCAAAACAAAAUCCCAAGAGACCAAAUUUCAAGAAUCCUGUACAGCCCCAACAAUCCCUCCUUCACAACUGUUCUUGUGUCCUAUAUCAGGAACCGUCGCUUCAACGUCUCCACCACUCCCAAACCCUCCACAAUCAUCACCCCCACCGUUGAAUCCCAUGUCACCGUCUCCGUCUUGUGCUCCAAGCAACUGGGGGUUCAGAUCAAAAUCCGCAGCGGCGGCCACGAUUACGAGGGCAUUUCUUACGUCUCUGACAAAGAUUUUGUCAUCCUCGACAUGUUCAAUUUCAGGUCCAUCAAUGUCAGCUUGGAGGACCAAACCGCCUGGGUGCAAUCGGGGGCGUUGCUCGGCGAACUCUAUUAUAGAAUCUGGGAGAAAAGCAAUGUGCUCGGAUUCCCCGCGGGAGUUUGCCCCACCGUUGGCGUAGGCGGUCACAUCAGCGGCGGUGGAUACGGUAACAUGCUAAGAAAAUAUGGUCUCACGGUUGAUCAUGUGAUUGAUGCCCGCAUUGUAGACGCUAAGGGCAGAGUUCUGGACCGGAAAUCCAUGGGGGAGGAUCUUUUCUGGGCAAUUCGUGGCGGCGGGGGUGCCAGUUUUGGUGUCAUUCUGGCCUAUAAGAUAAAGCUAGUUCCGGUGCCACCAAUUGUCACUGUUUUCCGAGUGGAAAGAAAUUACAAUGAGAACGCAGUUGAAGCUGUUUCUAAGUACCAACAAGUUAUUGACAAAAUUGACAAUGAUCUCUUUAUCAGGGUUCUGCUGCAGCCUAUUACGGUGAACAGUACGAGAAGUGUUCGAGCAACGUUUAUAGGGUUGUUCCUUGGAAACGCCGACAGGCUUUUGCCCAUCACGGAUUCUCAAUUCCCUGAAUUGGGGUUGAAAAAACCCGAUUGCACCGAAAUGCCCUGGAUUAAUUCGGUUCUUUACUGGGCUAAUUUCGACAACACCACAUCUCCAAGUGUUUUGCUGAACAGGACUCCUGAUUCGGUCAACUUCUUAAAGCGGAAAUCAGAUUACGUAAAAACCCCGAUUGCAAAAGAGGGCCUGGAAUCACUUUUCAACAAGAUGGUGGAGAUCGGCAAAGUUGGCCUUGUUUUCAAUUCUUACGGUGGAAUAAUGAGCCAGAUUCCUGAGUCUGCAACGCCAUUUCCUCACAGAGCUGGCAACAUUUACAAGAUCCAGUACUCGGUGAACUGGAAAGAAGAAGGCGAGGCAGCUGACAAGAAUUACAUCAAGCAAAUCAGAGAAUUGUACAGUUUCAUGACUCCUUUCGUCUCCAAGCAGCCGAGAGAAGCAUAUCUCAAUUAUCGCGACUUAGACAUUGGCACCUCGGACAACUCUAAGAACAGCUACGAGCAAGGAAAGGUGUAUGGGUUGAAAUACUUCAAACCUAACAAUUUUGACAGGUUGGUGAAAAUCAAAACCAUUGUUGAUCCAGAUAAUGUGUUCAGGAACGAACAAAGCAUUCCUGUCCUGCCCGUUGGAGGAAGAAAAGCAUAAGAAUAGAGGAAAUCAUGAGUCAUGACAAU